UAACUUCCUCUCAUAGUCAUGACAAGCACACAUCACACGCAUAUCCAGUGAGGUACGACUACAACACAGCGAAAAGACUUCACUUCGUAAACUCUGUUAGCCCGAGCUCGCCUGCAUGAAACUGACUCAUGUGCUAGUACACCGUUAAUGCAAUAGGGUUAACAAGAAAGAAUACCGAAGAAACCUGAUAAUCUUUGCCGGCAAAGGCUUACGUAAAACCACCGCUAUGGCUGAACUCUACUCCAGAGGAGGAAGAGGCCUUGCCGUGUGGCGAAUGUCGGGCACAUUUUGUAUAGUCGAUGACAGGUGCCCAACGCGCCAUACGUCGCUGUUUAGAACAGGAAUAACUCACACCGUUAAAGUGAUACGAGUGUCUUCUCUAAAAUGGCUAGUAUCCCUGUUUGUUUAUUUGACCUUGGUGUUAUCAGUGUGUGAAGCGCGGCCCACUAACCAGAGAAGGUCAAGAUUGUCUUUUUCAGAAGUUCAAGUUGUGGACUUUAUGAACAAAUUUGGCUACCUCCCAUCAUCAGAUUUUCAGACAGGGAACUUGCGAACGGAUGAACAGCUUAAAAAAGCCAUCAAACUGAUGCAGAGGUUUGGAGGAAUCAACGAAACGGGCGAAGUGGACGAAGCAACAGUCAAGCUAAUGAACAGGAAAAGGUGCGGCAUGCCUGAUUUGAUUGGACCCUCUGAUAGGGUGAAACGAUAUGCUCUACAAGGACAGAAAUGGGAGACUACAAAGCUCACGUGGAGUAUCAAAGAUUGGCCAAGAGGCAUGGACCCACGUGAAGUGCGUGGCCAAUUAACCAAAGCACUCAAGGUGUGGAGUGACGCGUCCAAACUCACCUUCACUUAUAGUAGGGCUGCGGAUAGUGAUAUUAUGGUAUCCUUUUUGUCGGGUUACCAUGGUGAUGGGUAUCCGUUUGAUGGACUGGGCCAUAUAUUAGCACACGCAUUUUUCCCGGGAAAAGGAAUUCAAGGUGAUGCUCAUUUUGAUGCUGAGGAAAAAUGGGUUGUAGGACAGCCUAAUCAAUAUAGUGGAGAUGAGGUAAAUCUUUUUGGAGUAGCAGCACAUGAGUUUGGACAUUCGCUUGGUUUGUCUCACAGCUCUGUCCAAGGAUCUCUUAUGUUCCCAUACUACCAAGAAAUAAAAGAUAAUUUCCAGUUGCCUUAUGAUGACAUGAUUGGUAUACAGCAAUUGUAUGGUGCUAGGCUUCCAAAACCAUGGCCAACAAUGCCACCAAUUACACAUCCUCCUCCUAAAAUUCCCCCACGAAAACCAAUAACUACAAAAAAACCUGUUUGGCGACCACCGACCCAAAUACCUCCUCGUCGUCCUACUUCCAUCCCACCACGAGAAGAACCCAAACCAACACUUCCUCCCAAGUUUCCAAAACUUGAUGCUUGUGAGACAAGUAUAGAUGCAAUUUCAAUUAUUCGCAAUGAAAUCUUCAUUUUCAAAGACAAGUAUUUUUGGCGUAUGAAUGAAAAAGGUUCCAGUCAGUGGGCUGGUUACUAUCCAGCAGAAAUUGACAAGUUUUGGUUUGGCGGUUUUAAGAAAGUAGAUGCUGUAUAUGAACGUACCAAUGAUGCCAAAAUUAUGUUUUUUAGUGGGAAUAAGUACUGGUUGUUUAACGCAAACACACCAGAAGCAGGAUACCCUCGUCCUCUAGUGGACCUUGGUCUACCAGCGAGUUUGAAGAAGAUUGAUGGAGCUAUGGUAUGGGGACACAAUGGGAAGACUUACUUAUUCAGUGGGGAACAGUAUUGGCGCUAUGACGAGACCGAAGGAAGAGUAGAACUAGAUUACCCACGACAUAUGAGCAUGUGGAAGGGUGUACCCUACAAUAUUGAUGCAACUCUUCAGUACAGUGAUGGUAAAACCUACUUUUUUAAAGACAAGUAUUUCCAGACUUUUGAUGAUCAAAAGAUGAGAGUUAAAAACUUUCCAGCACAACGGAUCUCAGAAGUCUGGUUUGGCUGCCCCAGCACAAAUGAACGGUUACCUCCUCCAAUUUGGAAUCCUGCAGACAAAAUUUAUGAUGAAAAUUCGGUGAUAUCUACAUUAUUGAAAACUAAUUAUUUGUUUUGGUGGUUGGUUAUUCUUUCAUAUUUUUUACAAUUUUUAUGGUAUUAAUGAAGUUUGUUUUGUAAUUGAUGGGAAAUGAAGAGCAAGAAAAACUCGAGUAUUUAUACACACUUCGCUUGUUACACAUCGUUAGAAUGUCUCGGUAAUAUCUGAAACAAUGUGAUUAUUAUGUCCAGGUUUUCUGCUUUGCAUGUGAUUGAGUAUUCUGUAAAGGAGAAGCUAGAGGAGAAAACACAUCUUUUUCAAAUCAAAGAAUGAACAAAAACAAGAUUUAUGGUGUUCGAGUUAAGUCUUUGAGGAUGAAUUGGAAAACAAAUAACACAUUUCACUUCACCUGUAGUAACCUUUUUUCUAGAAAAUAAAAAUGUAGUUUUCAAGA